GCCGAUGAAGCGGCGUCGCAGCGAAAGCUGCAGGAGCUGCGCACGGGUUAUGCCGAGCAGGGCGAAGCCUGGCUCCGCACCGAGCUGGAGAAGCAGAGUCGGGAUGAGCUGGCUAAGCUCUGCGUCGCUUCGGAGGUGCGACAGAAGUCCGCCGGGCGCAAGCUCUCCAGAGCGGAGCUGUUGGAAGCUCUAUCACAGAGCAUUGCCGGGGAGCAGGCCGAUGAAGCGGCGUCGCAGCAAAGGCUGCUCGAGCUGCGCACGGGUUAUGCCGAGCAGGGCGAAGCCUGGCUCCGCGGCGAGUUGGGGAAGCACAGCAAGGAUGAGCUG